UUAUUUAUUAAAAACAAGCCCAGUCCGCCGCGUCCCCUAAGGCGGGGUCCUCCUUCCGGGGAGUCUUGACUUCUCCAGGCGGCUCGGCGCUGGCGCUCGCUCUGGCGCAUCGUGAAUAAAGUUCGUGUGGAUACUCGGCCCGCUGCCUGCUGCUCGCGUUCCUUUUUGGGGCUCGCAGGUCAGGUGGGGCGCGGCUGCCCCCUAGGGGCCGGAACUGAAAGCGCACAGGACUGGUGAAGUGGGGGACACUUAUUCGUGCAGCACCACAUCCCAGCUGACCGGCUUACAGCUUCCGACACGGAAGGAUGUGGCUGCCGCACUGCGGGACCCUUCGGGGCCUGUCCUUGUCCCUUGCCUUGGCACGGUCACAGGGAGUUCGGACCUGUAUCAGGGAAAGGGAUGUCGCCUACACGCAGGGCCAGAGCCCAGAACCCCGGACCCGCGAGUACUUUUACUACUUGGAUCAUCAGGGCCAGCUCUUUCUGGAUGAUUCCAAAAUGAAGAACUUCAUCACCUGCUUCAAAGACCUGCAGUUCCUGGUCACCUUCUUCUCCCGCCUGAGACCAAAUCACAGCGGGCGCUAUGAGGCCUCCUUCCCCUUCCUCUCGCCUUGUGGCCGAGAGCGCAACUUCUUACGCUGCGAGGAUCGACCGGUGGUCUUCACACACCUGCUGACAGAGGGCGACGGGUCUUCUCGCCUGUCCUACUGCGGCGGGGGCAAAGCUCUGGUCGUGCCCUUCGAGCCAGCGCGCCUGCUGCCCCUGGCGGCCAACGGGCGCCUGUACCACCCGGCCCCGGAGUGCGCGGGCGGCGUAGGUCUGGUGCGCUCAGCCCUGGCCUUCGAGCUCAGCGCCCACUUUGAGUACCCGCCCGGCGACCCCACGCUGCCCUCGCACGUGCGCUGGCGGGGCCGCCGCCUGGCCCUUACCUUUGACUUGGCCCCACUGUUGACUUCGGCCCAGCAGUUCUGACUCGGAGCUCGCCAGUCACACACACACCCCGCUAGCCUCCCCAAGCUCUAGCGAUUGGCUUGCGCCGGCGACGUCAGCCCCGGGCGGCGGGCGGGGCCCCGGUGCGCGUGCGCGCCCUCCCCUCCCCUCCGGGUAGCUGCUCCAGCCCGGCUGUCACUGGCACCGCGGGGAGCCGCGCGUCGCGGGAGCGUCAGGUGAGCGGGCCCCCGGGACCAAGGUCGCCAGUCUUGGGGGCGGAAUCCGGCACUAUCUCGUGUCUGACCUAUGCACAGAGCGCAAAGGGCAUGCAGACUGGAUGAGAUGGAGGCAGCGGGGAGGCCACGCCCUCCGCCGGGCCCAGAACCCACCCGCGCCACAGGGCGCGGACGGGGAAGGUCGAACGGGACCCAGGUGCCAGGUCCCAUGUGCUGUGGCGAGACACUGGUUCGGGAGGGCGUAUAGCCCGCUGCAUCCAUCCUACCCAGAUUAGUGCCUGGGAGGUUGAUGCUCUGCCCCCGCCCAGCCGGAUUAGUGGCUUUCCACAGGUAAAAGGAUUUCUGGGCUCUUCUCUCCAGAGGCCCUAGUUCCUGCCCCGCGUCUCUUCUACACUGACGUGCACCUAGGGGGUCCGCGUGAGCAGCAGCGCUGAGCCUGAGACCAUGGUUUUGCUGCUGGUGGGCGGGCAGGCAAGUGCUGGAGCCAGGGACCACCCCUUCAUGCUCUCCGAGGAGAUUCCCUGGGCCCCAGCUAAUGCUCCCGGCUUCCUGAAGCUCACAUGGAUCAUGAGACGCCUGGGAACUGCUGCUGUCUGGGCCAAAGCUAUUCUAUUAAAACUUUAUUGUUGUACUUA